ACGCCAAAUCUGCGCGACUGAAAACGGCAUGGCUCCCACUGCGCACACUGAGCUCCUCUCGUGUUAAAUUUUUAAAGGAAAAUCAACUACCUGUGGUAAAAGUCGCGACAUGGACGUGACUGAGGAACACGACGACAGUUUUGGGAUAGAAGUUGUUCUUCCAGACGGCGGGAAACCGGCGCCAUGUUGUCCGCACGGUCCGACGUUGCUGUUUGAGAAAGUCGCCAAAGGAAGCAAGGAAGGCAGGAGGUUUUAUGCCUGUUCUGCUUGUCGAGACAGAAAAGACUGCAGCUUUUUCCAGUGGGAAGAUGAUAAAGUGUCUGAGGCCAGACUGUUGGCCAGAGAGGCAGAUAACAAGUCAAAGCAGCCUCCGUUCACCCAGCAGGAGUACUGUAACAGGUUUAGGAAGUUCGCCUCCCUCCCUCUGGAUGAGAAGAAGUUCUGUCAGGAUUGCCAGGUUCUCCUGCUGCCUGCAGAGCUCAGCGCUCACUCUGCUCACAGAUCCACCGCCGUCAGCGCCGCUCAGCUGAGGAGGCCCAGCGUGCUGCUCCGUCCUCUGGACAACAAGAAGAGCAACGCCCAGUACCUGUUCACCGACCGCAGCGCACACUUCCUCCUGGACACCCUGGCUGCUCUGGGAUACAGGAAGGUGCUGUGUGUGGGAACACCCAGACUGCAGGAGCUGAUCAAGCUGCGAAACCUGGAGCAGAAACAUGAACCAAUGAAGAGUCUGCUGCUGGACAUUGACUUCAGAUAUGCCCAGUUCUACAGUCAGGAUGAGUUCUGUCAUUACAACAUGUUCAACAAUCACUUCUUUGGCGGAGAGGCCUCCAGCGCCGUCCUGAAGGCUUUCCUCAGAGAGUCCGAUGGGGAGAAGGUGGUGAUGGUGGCUGACCCUCCGUUCGGCGGCCUGGUGAAGCCUCUGGCCCACAGUUUCUCUCUGAUAGCUCAGACCUGGAAGACGCUAAAGAGCUCUGACAGUUCUGACGUUGAACUGCCCGUGAUGUGGAUUUUCCCGUACUUCUUUGAGCCUCGCAUCCAGGAGGGUCUCCCUUCAUUGACCAUGUUGGACUACCAGGUGGACUAUGACAACCAUGCUCUGUAUAAACAUGGGAAGACGGGCAGGAAGCAGUCUCCUGUCAGGCUCUUCACCAACAUUUCACCCAGAGACGUCGUCCUGCCCAAAGAGGAGGGAUACAGAUUCUGCUCUGUAUGUGACAGAUACGUUUGGUCCCUGAAUAAACACUGUGCUAAAUGCAACCUCUGCCCAUCCAAGGACGGCCGUGAAUGGAAGCACUGCUCAACGUGUGGGAAAUGUGUGAAACCGUCGUGGAAACACUGCCAGUCCUGCGGCCGCUGUGCCCUCCCGGACCACCCCUGUGGUGAAGGAAAGGAAGGCUGUUUCAACUGCGGCAGCCUGAAGCACAAACGCAAAUCCUGCCCUCUGAAAGACUCGCACAGGAUCAACAGUUUUUGGCCCAAAGCCAAGAAAGGAGGGAAAAUUAUGCUCCAUCGUCCCUCCUUUAAGCCUAAAGGGAAGAGGAAGUCUGGAGCAGCUCGCAGAGGCAAGAAGUCGACUGCUCAGUCUACGUAACGUCAACAGUCUCGUCAGCUGUGUGGCCCCAAGCAACGGGUUUAAAUUAAGACGAAGACCAGGACUGCAGAGAUGAGCGUUAGCGGUGCUCCUGGGGUUACAGCCUUUCUCGGCUCCCAUCUCUCUGCAGGCAGCACAUUGUUUAACUCAGCAGGUAGCCCAGAGCUCAUACAGUCUGCCUACACGUUGUGUACCGUCUGCAGCUGGAGGCGGGAGGCAAUUAGCAGCAAAUGCCUUGAGUGGCUGUCUCCAAAGUUUUAAACCUACAUGUUGAUGAUAAUCUUUAGGCUACUCAAAGUAAAACCAAUGGUGUUUUUUAACAGGAAGUUGGGUCGCUUUCUUAGCAUGGAGAGCAGUGACAAGAAUCAGUUCUCUUUAUGCUAAGCUAGGCUAAUCACCACCUAGUUAACACAAAAAAACAGGAAAAAUAAUUAAUCAUGCAGCCAGUGUAGUGCCCACUUUGGAAUAUCUGUGGCCUUGUCUCUGGAACUUCAAACCUGACAUCAAAACUGACAAAAUAUUCCAAUUUGGUCUUGAAAACACAAGUAUGUCAACAUAAAUGCACUUCUGAUAGGAACUGUUUUGCUCACAGGAUGUAAAAAACAAAGGAUAUUUAAUAGCAAGUGAAAAAAAUGUACUGCUACACCCCUACGAGACAAGAGUUUGACACAUAUGGAGAAUGCACUGGACUCUUGGUAUUAAUACUUCAAAUGUACUUCAAAUGUGAGAUUUAAUGCAUUGUGUGAGUUGAUAAUGGGAGAAGAAAGCAAGAAAUUAAGUUUGAGAAAUAACCAAAGGGUAUCUGGGUGUACAGAUGGUGGAUACUUAUUCGUAUUUUUAGCUUCUUCUGCCCUCUAGUGGCCAAAAGUCUGUUAAUACACCUUUAAAAAACAAUCGUCUAGGGACCAAACGGAGUCAAAUUAGAACUCCUACUCAGAUAAGUUUUUGUGAAACCAUGCAAGUCAUGAAUUCCACCAAGAAAUCAAGAGGAGGGGAAAAAAUCAGGCAGGAAACAAAAGCAGGAAAUUCAAGCAGACAGAGGCGAAAGGCCAGCAGAGCGUUUUAAAGAAGCACUGAUGUGUGAAUCAAAUGCUAAGCAGAGACAGAUGUGUAUCUGACAGUCUUCCUCUCAGUGAAAUGGAAAUGAGGUGGGAAAAAAAGGAAAGAAAAAUCUAAUUAGAUAUACGAUAAAUGUGGAAGAAUGGAGCCUUUUCCCCCCUCGGCUUCCAUGUAUUUUAUAUUCGCACAUCAAAACAGUGGAGCAAAGUGGAAGGUAAUCGUGCAGGUAAAUGGAAUGAAAGGCCACGGCAGGGCUGGGGUUGUGUUCACGGAGAUGAAAAGAUGUGUGGGCUGCAUACACACUCUAAAAACCAUGGUCUGUCUUCUGCUAAUUUGGAACGUAAUGGCAUAAAACAAUAUUUCUUCUCAUAUCAGAUGUUUCUAAUGAGCAGAGGCAAGCUUAAAUCAUCAAAUAUACAUGAAGUCGCCCUUUUCUUCAAUAAAGGAUGUCUGCAGCGAUGCAAGUAGGGGAUUCAUGAAUAUCUGUAACCAAUUUUAUACCAAUUUAUUAAGGAAGUUUGGAUAUAUUUCAAAAAAUGUUUGAUUAACCCUCCUGUUGUCCUCAUUUAUGGGCACCAAAAAAUACUGUUUCCUUGUCUGAAAAAAAAUCAAGAAAUUCAGCAAAAAAAAAUCCCCAAAUUUCUGAAAAUUUGCAAAACCUUCUGGAAGAAAAUAUUGGAAUAAAGUCCAAUAAUUCCUUAAAAGUUUUCCUUUAAAGUUUUAUUGGAAAAAAAUCCCCCAGAUUUGGCAAGAAAGUUCUUGUAUAUAUUUUCAAAAAAUGAGUAAAAAUCUUCCAAAAAAAUCCUAAAAAUAUCUAAAGUGAUUCCAUAUAUAUCAGUAAAACUUCGAAUAUUUUCUUUAAGAACAUUCACAAAAAAAUCAACCAAAAUCUAGCGAAUUUCGCUGGAUUUUGGUUGAUUUUUACGUGAAUGUUCUUAAGAAACAUUUUUAACAUUUCUUUUUCCACCCAAAAAUGUUCAAAGAUUUCUCAAAAUUGUUGCAAAUGUGGACAUCAGAGGUUUCACUGCAAUUUUUUUUCUCCAUAUUUUCAAACUUUAAAACAGGUCAAUUUUUAUCCACAUGACGACACGAGGGUUAAAAAGCUGUCACUGGUGAGCAAAGUCAUUGUAAAUGGACCGCCAUUUACAUAGUGUUCACUUCAGUAUUGGUCAGACUGCUGUAAAAUGUGUACAGUAAUGUGUGGUACCCUGAGGAUACAUCUCCUUAUGUCACUUUAGAGUGACAAUAUCAUGAGUUUGGAUAAAAUAUCUCAACAACUAUUGGAUCGAUUGCCAUGAAAAGUGGUUCAGACAUUGUCAAUCUCCUGACGAUUAGUUGCUAGAAGCCUAAAGAUUCCAGGACUUGUUUUAAAUGUACAACUGAUACCACUCCUGCACAGAGUGAGUAUACAAGAAUAAUGUUAUGUUUGUUUUUUUCGCAAAAUACUGAACUUCUUUUUUGCUAACAGCUUCUUUUGUUGUUGAUCUCAUACUAAAGGACGCUUCAAAUAACCGAACACACCUUUAGCGUCUAAAACAGGUUACUAUACAAGCUCCUCUGUAGAGGCUGUCAAAGAGGCCGCUGUUUUAUUCCAUCUGAACUAAAACUGUGUUUUGUCAAAAGAGAGAAAGGAUCUGAGCUGAAAGGAUCCGAGCUGAAAGAGGCGGUUGUCGAUUCUAUUUCCAUCCUUUCUGUAAGUGUUUCCUGUCUGAACCUGCACUGACCUUUUGAAGCAAAGAGGGUUUUUUCAGCUGCUUUAAUCUACUGAGAACAAAGACACCUAUCACAGCAGGUGGCCACACACACACCUGCUGGACAGACACACACAAUACAGCUUUUCACACCCUGGAUACGAAACAUUGCUGCGUCAUUGGUCGGUUAAAGUGACAGUGUCCUGUCAUUCAGACUUUUAUAUGAUAUGUACUGAACAUGUGAGACUGAACCACACGUUAUUUGAUGUAUAAAUCACAACAAAGCAGUAAUAAAAGACUAAUUAACUGA